UUUCUUUUCAUGCAAAACGUAACGGAUUUAUGGACCAUGUUUAGUACAUAGGUGGAAAUCUCUAGAUUCCGAAGAUGCUGAGAGAGAUGCUGGUUUUUCGGAGCGGAUUCAGUGCCGCAGCAAUUGUGGGUGAGGGAACAACAACGUCUACGGCCCGGCAAACGCGUCUGUACGGCCGUAUUUAUAAAUUCAAACCCUCCGUCGAUCUGAAAAGAGCUUUAACUUGGCCAAAUUCAUGCGAAACUCAGCUGCCAAAAGCAAUAUACUUGCCAUAUUUUAAGAAGAACUCGUACUUUGUAAUUGUUUGAGCUUGAGAGGUGAGUCUCCUAUUUAUUUUUGCGUUUGGGAGGGGGCUUUCGUUUCGUUUAGAUUCGGCUCCUACGGAUAGGAUAAUAGGGAUGCGGAUGCUGGCCAUGCGCAGAGCAUGUCCUGACCUACAUUCUCGCUUAUUGGCCAUCCAAGCAGCAGUUGCAAAAAGAUAAAUACACACGCAACACGAGCUGAUUAAUAAACGCUUUUCCGAUUUUCCAAUUUUGCGACUUUUUUCCCCCCAGCCACAUGCGCUGAAAAGUUGACAAACAAAAAUAUUCGCAAAAGGACUGUCUGGGAAAUGUAAAACCCAGAUCCGGAUAACGUCCUCAAGUGCAAUAUGUCCAAUAUAUUGCCGCAGCGCAAUCGAUAAGCAGUGCAAUCCGUAGACGUGUCGCAUUCCAAAGAAUAAUCCAAAAAAUGCAGUGGGACGCUGAUGCAGUUGGAUCGAUAUAGAACAGAUUACAGGCGCGUUCAUAUGUGCAUAUCCUGCGUGAUGAGAUCGAGGCUGUUUUGGAUACUGGCGAUUAUAUACUCCUCACUCCACCACAUCGGAUCGGGCUCCACGUCGACCACAUUAAAACGACCGCGAGCUGGCGAUCCCUUCGACACGUUUCCGAAGAACUUCUGGCAGGAGUUCUCGUCGCCGUUCACCGACACGCCCGAGGAUGAGGAGCUGGAGGUCACCGAGACGACCACCCACGAGCCGUUCCCCUUCUUCGCCGAUCCGUACACCACCCUGAACAUCAGCACCCAGCUCUCGUCCAGCGUUUAUCUGCACUGCCGGGUGAACGAUCUGCAGGGCAAGACGGUGUCCUGGAUGCGGCGACGUGGCGAGGACCUCACCCUGAUCACCUUUGGCCAGCACACGUACAGCGGCGACUCCAGGUAUUCGCUGGAGUUCGAGGAGCCCAACGAUUGGAAGCUGCUCAUCCAGUUCGCCAACGAGCGGGACGAGGGUCCCUACGAGUGCCAGGUGUCCUCGCAUCCGCCGCUCGUCCUGCUGGUCUAUCUAACGAUAAUUGUUCCUCACGUGGAGAUCCUCGACGAGCGGGGCUCGGCUACGCCGGAGAAGUACUACAAGGCUGGCAGCACCAUCGAGCUGCAGUGCGUCAUUUCCAAGAUUCCGCAUCCCUCCUCCUACAUCACCUGGCGGCACGGACCGCGUCUGCUCAACUACGACACUAGUCGCGGUGGAAUCAGUGUGAAGACGGACAUGCUGCCAGGACGAGCGCUGAGUCGCCUGUACAUCGCCAAUGCCAAUCGCCAGGACACCGGUAACUACACCUGCAUGCUGGGCAAUGAGAUUACGGAGACGGUGGUGGUCCAUGUGCUGAACGGUGAGGAGCCCGCCGCCAUGCAGCAUGCGAAUGGAAGCCGCCAAAAGGUCAACGCCUCCACAAUGGUUGUGUUAUUUCUAAUGUCCUUUUCCGAAAUCGGUAGGGUAUUGGGAUUGGGAAUGGGACGGGGAUUGGGAUGGGGAUGGGGAAUGGGACGAUGACGGCGCGACGGGAAGCAGGGAUCCUAGAUCCCAGAUUCCAUUUUUGUGGCGCGGGAAAUGCAUACACCAAAAGAAUCUUGUCCAGGAUUGCAUUUUCGACUUUUACUCUAAUCAUGGGUUGUUUAACAUACGAUACAUAGCAUAAACCGAAUACUAAACUUAAGUCAAAUGUAUUUAAAAACCGGAAAUCGAAAGAUCAAAAACAAAAAGAAAAACAAAGGAAACGAAAAGGAAAACUCGUAUUAGUAAGGGCGUACGCGAAUAUAGAUGAGAAAUUGAUUUUUAGCGCUAGAACAUAAAAUUAUUAUCAUAAUCGAAUCAAAUCAAAUUGUACUACCAAACAGCCGUGUUUUUGUUGGCUACAUAUUGAUCUUAUAUACAUACACGCAUCUAUCUAUCCAUAUUUAGCUCUUUGUUACCUCCACGUCAUUAUGGAAAUACCUAGAUUUGUAAGGUCCAAGUACAAGUCCAAGCUUAAUUGUUUCUCGCUCGAAAAACCGCCUUCCAAAGGUCGUCUAAUCAAAUCCCCCGUAACGCUCGUGUGUAUCCCAUAUACAUAUAGUGUACACCUCCGAUCCAAGGCCUUGUUAAAGAAAAAUGGUUGUAGCUUCUUGAAAUCAAACAGCAUAUCAGUUGGGAUCAUUCUAAUCGUAAUAAUAAUCAAUACUGAUCGAAAUCGUAGCUUCAUCCUUGAUUCGUUUUUUGCCCUUUAUCUCAGAUUGAAAUAUAUUUGAAUCCAUUGAUGAUGAUAACCGGAGAGUUUAGGAAGCAAAACAAAAAACCAAUUUGUUUUUAACUUAUGAAAUAAUUCCAUAAAAUUACGAAUGCGUGAGCUUGAUCAGAAGUUAGAUUUUGCCUGAGUUAUACCAUGAUUUAUUGAAAGCAAAAAAUGUAGAAAUUAAAGAAGACAAACACUUAGGAAAUGUUUAACGUUAACAUAACUGUGCCAUUCUAAAUGGAUACAUAUCGUUUAAUUGUUGUUAAUUCGGUUGCGGAACCAAUGACCAUUUGAGGCAGAAGAAAUUAUAAAUAAUUGUAUAUUUGUAUUUGUAUCUUUUUGGCAAGAAAAUCGAAAACACAACACAACUCGGACCAAUGGGUAAAUACUUGAUUGUUUGAUUGUAAACGGUCCCAAAACCAAAACACUAAAGAGUAAUUCAAUUAAGUGAAAUAAAUCACGAUCAAGAACAAGAAGCAAAUGGAUAUUUUCCAUAUUAAUUUUUCGAUUUUGGGCGCGAGGUGAGGAACAAUCAUUCGGUGUUCAUACAGCCAGUGCCCACUGUAUCCCCUCCACAUGCGAGUAUAUUCAUUUGUCUUUAGCUUUAGCUUCAAACGAUCAGCGCCUAUAAAAACACAAAAAAAAUUUCAAAAUUCUUACUCACUGACGGCUUUCCAAAUUCAUAUUGCUUUCAAGAUCGGUUAAUAUACACUCUUUUUACAAAUUGUAUUAUGAAAUCAAAGCUCAGCUUGGAAUACACAAAAAAACAAAAAACAUAAGAAAUGAAAAUAUUGAUAGGGCUCGAGGCCCAAGUACUUGGGUAAACUAAUUUCAAAUGGUCCAGUGUAGUUAUUGUAAAUUAUUCAAAUUGAUCCCGACCCAAAUCGGUCCUUGGUCUGAAUCCUUGGAGUAUGCCCUUAAAUAACACAAAAGAAAAACAAAACAAAACAAAAUGUUGGAGUGAGAUAACGAAACAAUACUUAGAGACUAAAGAAAGUGACGAAACGAAACUUUUAGAAAGAUUUUGGUUACAGAAUUAUAUUUAAUAAUUACUACAAUUAAAAUUGAGAUUAUAAAACUACAUACAUACAUAAUGUAUUACGCGGACGUCCUCUGGUCAAUAACCAAUGCGACUGCGACGGCCCCAAAAGAUACCGUCAUUGUCAAACAACAAACAAGCAACUAAAAAUUAAUGCAAAAUUGUAUAAAACCACACGAACACAUUU